GUGGAAAUCGAUUGCAGUAUCCACACGGGCGUGCAGAAUGGGUCUGCUAGAACAACUGCAGGAGCAAGGAUGGUACCUCACCCAGCCGGGGUUAGAAAAAUUGCUGGAAGGCGACAAGAAUGGAUCGACUCCGGACGUGAAACAAGUUGUGAAAUUGGCCUUGAACACGGACCUACGGGAAUACGGUGGUGGAGCGCUAGCUUCCCUAACCUCCCGCGGCACAAAGGUGGAGUCGUUUGAAGGGACCGGCGUUGUUCAGCUCGUCAAGCUUCGUAAUCUGGGCGCACCGAAGGUAAACGAGGAAUCAAAGACGGCACCACGCUUGCUGAAGCUCACCAUAACCGACGGUCAAACGCAGUACGUAGCACUGGAGCACGAGCCGAUACCAGCGCUCAGCCUGAACACACCGCCGGGCACGAAGAUUCUCCUCAAGAACGGUCCUAUCCGGAUCACGCAGGGCGUCAUGAUGCUGAGUGACAAAAAUGUUACCGUGCUAGGGGGGCAGGUAACGGCGCUGGUGGAAAAAUGGGAACUUAGCCGCACCAUGGCAAAGUACGCCAAGGGCGGUCGGCUUCAAUUCAGCAACUCGGGCCCACCCCCAUGGAUUCCGUUUGGGCAAAAGAUUCAGCAACCGACCGCCGUCAACAGUGACAAGGACUUCAAGAGCUUGACGACGAAGGAGAAGGAAGAAUCGAAGGAAAAUUCGGAAUUCAAUGCACUACGCAACGAUGCGAUUGCCGAGGCGACAAAGCUCGGCACGAAGAAAACGUUCGGUGGUGGUGCGAAGCAGAUGGUCGACGCCAACGUGCAAAAGAUCAUGGACAAAGGCUUCACCGAGGACCAGGCCGCUCACGCCCUAAAACUGACGCGCAACAAUGUGGAGCGUGCCCUUAGCAAUCUACAGCGGAUAGAGGGCCGCAAACAGCAAACCCACUCAGAUGUCACUUCCGGGGGACCUCCGAGCGGAAAACCCGACGGUGUGAGGGCCGGAGGAAAGCGUGGAUUUAGCAAACGCGAGGAUGAAUUGGAUCAGCAGGCAAAGCCAUCGGGAAAAGUUUCUCUAUUCGACUACUUUGGUGAUAUUUUACAGGACAGCGAACCGGCGGCAGGCAAUGCCGGUUCCGGUGGGAAAAAGACAAGCAAGGAGUCGACUCCAAACGAUAAGCCAAAUGUGUCUCAGCGGGGCCGUAGCGAUAGCACGAGUCGCUCCGAAGGUAACCGGCCAACGAACAAUGGCCGCAAUCAAUCGUCCGGCACCACCAACCACAGCUCAUCUGGUGGAGCAAUGCGAAACCAUUCCGAUAACCUCCAUUACGCCGGUGGUGGCGGUGCAACGACGAACGGUGGUGGCGCGAAAGGAUACAACCAGAGGUUUGAGAACAACAUUUCGAGUAGCUUUGCCAAUCGCAAUACGUCCUCGACGUCAUCGGUAAGGGAUCGUGGUGGGCGCGACCAGGGUGGACACUACUCCGGCCAGCGUGAGCAGCAGUCGAACUACAAGCAGGGAGAUUAUUAUGGAUCAACAGGAAACAGCAACAGCAGCGGUCGUUACAAUAGAGGAGCGAAUGAAAAUCACUCGUCAACGAAUCACACAGGUGGUGCGCCGGCCAGUGCCCGAUCUGGUGGUGGAAGCUCGCGUGGAAACGAUUCCAAAUACAACCAGAAUCAAUCUUCCUCCACCUCCGGUUAUGGUAACUCACAGCAACGCUCGGAGCGCUCAGAUCGUUACCAUAGCAACGCAAACAGUAACACUACCGACACCGGCGGUGGCAACAGCAGUACGAAUACGUCUGUCAAUAACAACGCUAGCGGUGGAGGAAAGUACGGUGGAGGUAGUGGUAAAGGUCAGUCUGGAAAUUCCGCCAACUACGGACACAGUUAUGGAUCCGAAGGGCGGAAUAACCAGCAGCAAUCAUACGGCAACGACGGACGCGGCCAGGCUGGUGGUGGUGGUGGUGGAGGCAGUAGUGGGAAGGGUGGUGGUGCUUCUGCCACACAGCAACAACAACAAUCAUCCUUUGGAAACGGUCCCAAGCAGUCGAACUACAAUCAACAGGGUACGCCAGCAACACCGUACGGUGGUAACGCCAACACUACGACCACCUCCAACUCCCAAGGACACUAUGGCCAGCAAACCAGUGGGAACAGUUACGGUAGUAGCGGUACUAACAACCCCUCGAAGAGCUCAAAUAAAAACAGUCGCUAUGGAGGUAAGGAUGAAUCUCACAAGUAUUCCGAUGCCAGUGCGCCUACAAAUGCGACUCCCAGCGGCCCCGCGCAUAACAAGAAACCCUCUUCGAAAGGCCACGGUUCGCAAACCCAACCUCAAUCGAACACCGGUACCGAGCAUCGCUCCAAUCAGCACCAACAAUCUUCCUAUGGUCCCCCGUCCUCCGGCGGAGGCAAGCACGCAGCGCAGCAGGUUUCUAACGCCAACAGUGGCAAGGUGAAUCAGCUUACCGAUCAGCUUGGGGGUAUGCACAUUUCUGGUAGCAAAUCAUCCGGAACCGUUGCAAGUUCGAACACAACAAACAAGUCCGGUCCGAUGAAGCAGAUGGUUUCGAAUCAUCCCCCAACGAUGGUGCAGCAACAUCAGCCACAACAGACCCAACAUGUACCCCAGGUGGCCUCUUCCCCUCCCGGUACCAUGCCAUCGUCAUCGUCGACGGGUCCGGGGGGUCCGUCACCGGGAGCUCCCACCACUCCCAGCGUAGGAGUUGCUGUCACCGGUCCGGGUGUACCGAAGAACUUCAUCCAGCUGCCGAACGGGUACAACUACAACCCGUACCAGAUCAUGGGUUUCCAGAACAAGCAGACGAACGAGUUCGCCCUGAACGUGCUGAAAAGCCAGCAGCAGUUCGAUCCCAUGGCACAACCGACGCAUCUCGGUGCUCCUGCCACCGGACCCGCCACCGUGUCUCCGGUUGGCCCUGGAGUGGGCGUCCCCAUGGCUGCAACCGGGGCACCGACGGGUGUAAUGCCACCACCGACCGCCGUCCUGACCGGCGGUCCAACCCCCGUUGCGGUGGCUACACCUGGUCCGCUCACGAUGGCUCCGACACUUGCUCCCGCAACGAUGGCGGUACAGUACCCGAACUGGAAAAUUGGUGAUCGCUGCCUGGCCAAGUAUUGGGAGGAUGGUGGGUUCUAUACGGCCGAAAUUACCGACACCUCGAAGAACACCUUCGUCGUGCACUUCCUCGAGUACGGCAACUACGAGGAGGUACUGAAAACGGACUGCAUCCCGAUCAACCAACCGGGCAACCCGGGCGCACCGCCUACCCCGAUGACACUGAGCUACCAUCCCGCACCUACCAUGCAGCCUCCUCCUCCACAGCCCGCACCCGUCGCUACCGGUCCUCCGGUGCAGUACGCACCGCAUCCGGCCCAUCCUCAUCAUCCGCCGCAUCCACACGUCUCGCAUCAUCACGGGCACGUUCCUCCGCAUAAUCCACCGCCAACGAUGGCACCCGCUCCCGGUGCCUAUGCGAAUGCAUCGAUGUCGGAAGUACCUCCUCCUUCCCAUCCGUAUGCACCCUUCAAGCCGGGCCCACCACCGCCGCAGAUGGCGCAACCAAUGUCGGCCCCGGUCGGGCAACCCAUGAACCAGUAUCCCACGGCACAACUACUGCACAUUCACCCACAGCAGCAGCAACAGCCGCACCAACAUCACCAACAGCAACAACCACAACCACCGGGGGCCCACAUGGCGCAGCACCAUCACCAUCAGCACCAUCAGCAGAUGCAACCGCAGCCUCCGCAGCAUCACGGCCAGCAGCAGCAACGUUCCUCCGGCGGGAAGUUCCGCGAACAGCGGCCCAUGUACGUUCCGCCAGCCCAGCGUAAAUAGAGGGCACGCGUCCCACUACUGUCCACCGUGUACUGGGCGUCGUCUUGCCUUAAAAGUGUGUGGCCGGUCCUCGCAGUAAGUAUUGCCGUGCAACCUUGUCUCAAGCAUUUCCUAGUGGAAAGAAAGAAACACAGAUACAGGAACAGGGUUGAAAGGGUUUGAAAAUCUCUCCACACUGCUUCAAAAGUUGGAACAAAAACACCCUCAAGAAACAUCGGCAGGCAGCAGGUCUCUUCACCUCCUGGAGAGAGCAUGUUGAGGUAGUACCUCCGGCAUGGAAUUAAAAGAUAAAAACACUGCCACACGAGCCCAAAAAUCUAUUUAUUAUGCAGUGAAUCAAUUGUGAGCCCGGUGAUCUUCUAUACUGAAGUAGAUUGAAUCAUUCGGAAUCGAUUUAUAAAGAAAAGCAUAUACAUAUAUAAGUAAACCCCAACACACUUACACGAUAGGCAACGGAAGGCCAUUCCCUCUACCAUCUUUUCAUGUCGUAGCAACACUUAACGGGGACAUAAGGAUACGUGUGUCCUUUUUUUUACAACAAACCUACGCUAGGUGUUUGCGUUUUUGGGAAGGAAAUCACACCCUUUUCCCGUGGUUGUAUUUAAAAACAAAUAAUUGAAAAGUAUUUAUCUUCCACACCCGUGCGGUUGUUGUUGGGCCGCGAUCCGCUGCGAUGUACGCCAAUAGGGGACUACUUUUAUACUUUGGCGUGGGUUUUGUUGAUCGGGCCAUAGGACGUGUCUAAUGUUUGCGUUUUUCCAGACUCGCGUUGUCGCCGUGUGGUUUUCGAAGUUCGAAAUUGGAAAAUUUCCACAACCGCACCGCGCAAAAUCGAUCGUGUGAAAUAUGUCCUUACAGCAUUACUGCUCUUUUUAUAUACAUACAUAUAUUUCUUUCCUUUUCUCAUCGUUUCUCAGCCACACGGUUUAAAAUUGAACAUGUGAAAACACCCCGGUAUUAGGAAUGCAAAGCAAAUGAUGCC